CAGCAGCAGCCAAUUCAUAUAAUGCACCUAAGCUGACCGCCUCAUUCCUCGCAGAUCAAGUCAGAUAACUAGCUCUUUUGUCGAUUGCUAUGAUUCCCUUUUGCGUUUCAUGUUGAGACUCGCGGUGUGUGUGUGUGUUGGGGUUGGUGGGGGUAAAGCCAGCUUCGAGGACCGGAUAUUUCGGGAGUGUUGCAGCGAGACAGGCUUCGCUUCGGAGCUGCUUUUGGAGCGUAGCAUCGACUGUUGUAGUUCUCACAGUGGGGUUGGGUUGUGUUUUCGUUGUGGAACGUACACUAGUGGUUGCACAACUUCGUGACGCUGCGCGUUGUUUGUUGUUGGACUGUAAGGGUCGCGAAAGAUGGGAAGCCGGAUGAGAGAGAUCCCGCACUCUUGAAAGAAGUAGAAGUCGGUACUGUACUCGAACCGCUUCCCGUCGAGUCGCAGUAAGAGAGGUUUUGCAAACAAGUCGUUGCGUGUACGUGAAUAUUCUAUUUCUUCGUUGUUACCACUGCCACAAUAGUUAAAUUAUGCAUCGAAGUUGGGUGUUCUAUGGCGAACCUAUAUAUCACUCGAGCUACCACCAGCAGAGUGCACCGAGCCGGGGCUACUCUCGGAGCUACUCAGUGUACCCAGGCCGAUCCCGUGGCAACGAAGUGCCGGUGCUGGAGCUGAGGGUCCCCAUGUGCUGUGAGAAAUGCAAAGAGAAAGUGAAGGAGGCUCUGGAAGAGCUCGACGGCGUGCAGGACGUUGUUUGCGACCAGUACAACCAACUGGUAACCGUCACCGGUUAUGUAGAUGACAUUCGGGCGCUGAGGAAGGUGAGGAAGGUGAAGAAGAAAUCCGAGUUUUUCAAGAGAGGCAGCUACAUUGAGAGCUCGGGAUACGGGGGUGAUCGUUCUGGCCACUACAACGUCGAAGGUGACACUCAUUAUACCAACAGUCGUAUGGUGCACAACCAUUCUUACGGAGGAGGCUUGACCCGGUCCAACUCCUUCGGCAGAGGAUUGGGCAGGUUGCCCUCUUUCGGCAGAGUACAGCCCUACGUCGAUUACAACGAUCGAUGCAACGACUACGAGCCAAGGAAUGUUCGGCGAGAAUUCCCAGGUGUGCGCCGCAUGCCUUCAUUCAACCGCCACCGUCACCACGACGCCGAGUACAUCUCCAUGGACAACCAGUACACUCCAUUCUAUGGCGAGACGCACUAUGUGAGCAGCCGCAGUGAACGACCAGUGUACCGCUCCCAGCGGUCCUUCUCCCAAGUUCCGGUGACUAAUCCUUACUACAUCCAGCACAUUGAUUCAGAGUAUUAUUGAGUAAGUUAAGAUCGUUGUAGACAGGUAGGGAGGAGGUUGCUUGGGAUCACAUCGACGGUAACAGAAACGGUUGCCAUUGUAGCUGGCAGAUUUUACAGUGAAGCUCAUGAAGCAUCGAGCACACACAGUUUUGGCUUUUGGCACAGUAUUCAUAAUAUGCAGGUUCGCGAGAAAUUUAUCGAGGGCUUGCACUUGUUUAUAAAAAUUCGGCAUUUUCUUAUCAGGAAAUAACGAUUAGAUUACUAUCA